GGUCGGUUCUAGAUAGUUGUGACGAUUGCAUGUACCUGUUUAGAGGCUACAUUGCAUAACAGUGUCACUCAUAUUUACAAAUUGGCUCGUAUUGCGACACAUUUCGUGUUUUAUUUUGAGUGAUUUAAACAGUGAUCCUAGUGUUUAAAAGUGUUCACAGGAUUUUCGGUGGAUUAGUCAUCGACAAUAUUCGACAUGGCGUCAGCAAAGCCAAAUAGAAAACUAGAUGACGGCAGCGGAAAACUGCCGACAUGCCCAGUAUGCCAUGAGAAUAUGACUAUUCCUGUAUAUCUGUGUCAAUCUGGGCAUAGCGUAUGUAGCAGUUGCACGUCUAAGCUACUGCCAGCCAUCUGCCCGUUGUGCCGUAGCCCUAUGACUCAAGCCAGAAACUGGACGGUUGAAAAACUUAUAUCAGAAGUGAAGGUGCCCUGUCCAAACAAAUCUAGGGGCUGCAUCUACACCCAGGCCGCUACAGAAAUAGAUGAGCAUCUCAAAGAAUGUAUUUUUCGUCAGAUGGAUUGUCCUGUCGGUGCUGUUUUUGGUCGAUGCUCUUGGAAGGGACAACUGACAAACUUGGUAGACCACAUCAGAGAACGUCAUCCGGAGCAGUGCAACGUGGGCGCUGAUAAUAUAAUAGAAAUACAGGGCAUCAAUAUAAGAGCUGACGAUCGUUAUCUCUAUGUGGUGUCGCAGGCCAAGUUCAUCUUUAUCAUCACUUUUAAGAUUGAUGUGCAGCAGAAGAUGGUGUAUUGGACAAUCCAACACAUUGGAAGUAAGAAAGUAGCCAAAGAACACAUCUACGAGAUACACGUAACCAGUAUGAAAGAUCCGCGUAGAAAGGUUGUGUUUUCUGAACACUGUUUCAACGACGCCUUGAGGGCUGAUGAGGUAUUCCGUCAAGCCAAAUGUGCCAUGUUGCCUGUGGAAGCUUUGGAACACUUCGUUAGGGAUGGUAAAUUGUCUUUUAGAUUCCUUAUCAAACGCAUCCCAAGUCCGUCUUACAACAAAGAAGGUGGCGAAAAUAAGAACAAGCCAUCGAAAAAGUGGUCAAAGGGACCGAGUCUCAAACCACAGGCUAAAUAGGCUGACAAUGCUGACAAUAUGUGCAGAAUUUCCACUAGCAAUUUAUCCCAGAGCAACCAUUUGUAUUUUAAAGCAACACUAACUUUUUAUUUUUAUUGUAAUAAUUUUGUGAUUUUAGAACCCAUAAAGGUGAGCAUGAAUCCAUGAAUUCAUCCAUUGACGUGAGCAAGUCGAGCAUACACACAAUAUGUAGUUAGCUAGAAUGAUUACUACAAGGCUGAUGCAGAGUGUCUGUAUAUGUUUACAGUAUAGGUAUGUACGUAGAUAGUAAUACGUCUCUGGUUUAUAUGAGUUACGUCACGAUUGCAUUAAAAAAACACGAAAUACCUUUUUUAAUCUGGUCGGACCCAGUAUUGCCAGAUGAUUACGAUUCUUACAUUUUUUGUAACUUUUGUAAGUAGCUUUUGUUUUUAAGGCAAUUUUCGGAACUUUUGAGGACAUCGAAAUUUGUUAAAUUCAAGUAUACUUGUUAUUGUAAAUCUAAAGUAGUAUACGAACGCACCCAAAUUAGACAAUAGAGUUACUCUGAAAUGUUGCAAACAAAAUCAAAUCGUUCAAUUGCCGGUUAUGGCUUGAUUUUUCUUGAGCGUAUUACUUUUUUAUUUUUAGAAUUUAGGCGUGUAUAUAGUAUAUCACUUACAGUUAGAAUUCUUAAUUAAGAAAACGAACUUGUAAAAUUUAGCUUUCAGGUAACGCAAUGUAAUUUUCGACUCAAUGAAGGGCCCUGGCGACACUGGUCGCAACCCAGUUUGAAUGCAAUCGGUGCAGUCGUGUAUACCUAGUUGCUAUGCAACGAUGCUGAUUGUACUGCACUUAUUAUUUGGUAUCUCUACACUGUACCUAAAAGGGAAAGCGUAUCGUCUUUUGAUGCUCUUAAUAGUGAAAAAGGCUUUCGAUGCCUCAUCAUGUUUUCUUGCUGUGGAUUAGUGAAGCCAAGCUGCGAGCUUGCGAAAUUAUAAAAUAAUCGUCUAGUUACUUCUAUCAAAUCGAUCAGUAGACCGAAUCGUUCAGGUUCAAUUGCGAGUGGAUUUUGAAUACACACUUCUUGGCACUUCAGCACGACGCAAUCUGGGACGGUCGUACCCAUCCGAACCUACCUCUAGUUAUGAUCCUGGCGGCCUUUCUCCCAGCAUUAUUAGAGAGCUGAAACUUAUUUUUGCCACUGUCGGUUAAUAAUGGGCUAUAUAUUGUACAUACAGAACCAUUUCGAGCUUUACUUGACCCUCUAUCCUUAAUAAAAUGAAUGUAAAUUAUUUACCACCUUUUUUACGUUAUCUUAUAGAUUGGGCAUAGAGACUCGCGUUUGUUUAAGGGUUAAAGUAGUCACCAGAUUAUGGAAUACGUAGUGUAUAUUUACAUAAACCUGGUGGAAAUAGUAGUACAUACAGAGUGAUUAAUACCGUCCUCUGAAAUCCCGUAAUUGUAUUAUAAAGCAAUUUCUUUAUUACGUAACGUAUUUACCAGAACAGUUUAGUGUAACUGUAAGUAAUAAUGUAACUAGGAAAUGAAACUAUUUUUUUCAGAUCUAAAUCGCAUAUUUGGUUUUUCAAACAAACCAACGUUUCGGGCCCUUUUAUGGGUCCCAUAUCUAACAGUGGCGAAAAGCUAAGAACUCCAUGAAAAACCUGUUUUUCUUUACUUGAUUUUAAUUGUUUGCUUUUUAUUUUAAAUAAUUCCACGAUUGCACAAUUAUGUAUUUUC